UUCGAUGCUCUUCCUGUUUCAGGGCGUUAAUGCGCAUCCAGCAACUCGAAGCUCCGGAGGAAACAAGUCUCUGCGGCCCAGGACACGACACGUCAGGUCCGAGGAGGAAACAGCGGCUCCGAAGGAAAACUCAACCCAGGGAAACAGUCUGGGACUCGGCAGUAACCAUGGUGGGCGAACGCCGCAAUGGGAACCUGCUGGUCCAGCUGGGCCCGAAGUUGCAGGCGUAUCCCGAGGAGCUGAUCCGCCAGCGCCGAACCCAUGAUAGCCAAACUGAGUACCUGAUUCGUUGGUGCCUCGUCACCAUCGAUGACGGCUCCAGCUCUGCGGGCGGGGCCAGGGAGACAGGUGGGGCGAGUGGUGGCAACUCUGGAGUGGGCGGGUCCAGCAGCUCCACAUCAGGUGAAUCCAAAUCAGAGAACAUCCUGAUGUGGAUGUCGACAGAGGAUGUGUAUGCCAACUGCCCCACUCUGCUGGGUAAGAGGAAAACAGACCCACAGCGCCCCCUGCAGCUACAGGAGAAGCAGCAGGGCGGUGAGACAUCAGAUGGAGGCCAGAGGAUCGGUGGCGACGACUUCCCAGCCGACGCCACCUUUGAUGAGGUGGAGCUGUCGGACAUGAAGGAGGAUGUGAAGAACCUGGUGCGUCGGGCAAGGAAGCAGAUGGCAAAAAAGAGCGAUUUCUCCAUCAGCAUCACACACACCAUCCACGUGCUUAGUGCCUACGCCAGCAUCGGCUCGCUGGUCGGCGUCUUCAAGGAAACCGGCGCCCUCAACCUACUGAUGGAGCUGCUGUGCAACAAGGAGACGCAGACCAGACGCAGUGCCGGGAAGAUGCUCCGCGCGCUGGCCUCACAUGACGCAGGAAGUCGAGCGUACGUCCUCCUGUCUCUUAGUCAGCAGGAUGGCAUCGAGCAGCACAUGGACUUCGACAACCGCUACACGCUACUGGAGCUAUUUGCCGAAACCACGUCCUCAGAGGAGCAUGGCAUCUCCUUCGAGGGGAUUCACCUGCCUCAGAUUCCAGGAAAGCUACUGUUCUCUCUGGUAAAGCGCUACCUGUGCGUCACAUCUCUCAUGGACAAACUCAACACGACGGGGACAGAUUCUAGCUCUGAAAGACAGGAUGCCAGCCCCUCCCCCGCCUCCACCAGCACUGGCCACCAUAUGGAGCACCUACGGGUCCAGAGGGAGUUUGACUUCACCAUGGCAAUGGCCAAUCUGAUCUCAGAGCUGGUCCGAGUGAUGGGCUGGGACCGCAACCGCCUGCUCCCCGACGGCUCUGCAUACUGCCUCGGAGGAGGAGUCUGCGGGGAAGAGCAGGUAGAGGAUCCGUCUCACCCUGUCCUCAGGUCCAUCUUCCAACCUAGAUUCUGCACCUCCCCCAUUGCUCUCCCCAUCAACUCUUCCGUCGCAGUGCCUGCCAUUACACCGCCGAAGAAGAAGUUGGGAAACGGAUUCAAAACACGUUCCGACUUUGCUUGCCGUUCGGCCUACGUGGAGUACGUCCAGGACAACCUGAAGAGCGGCAUGAUGGUCCGCAUGCUUGAGGACUACGAGGAGGUGAGCGCUGGGGACGAAGGAGAGUUUCGCUACAGCAAUGACGGCUCGCCACCUGUUCAG